AAAUAAAGAGAGAGACAGACAAAUAAAGUUAAGGCAAGGAAGGAAGUCAGAUUACAGCACUCUAUAAACAUCUUACAGUACUGACUAGGACAUCUUACCAGUGAACAAGAGCCUUGUGAAGACAGAGAGGAGGAUGUAACACGUCUUUGUACUCUUUCCUUUUAACAAGAAGAAUGAAAUCUCAAAUAAGGAGAACGUUUUCAGACUUUUUCUUUGAAUACGAAACUCCUAGACAGGUUCUGGUCAGGAACAAAAGAGUUGCAGUUGUGUGCCGAAUCAUCCAAAUGGGUGUUCUAGCUUAUAUCAUUGGGUGGGUGUUCAUGUAUGAGAAAGGCUACCAGGUAGUAGAUACUGCCAUAGGCUCCGUCUUCACCAAAAUGAAGGGAGUGGCAUUUACAAAUAUCAGCAAAAAGGAGCGGAUAUGGGAUGUAGCUGAUUAUGUUUUUCCGGAACAGGGUGACUCGUCUUUUGUUGUGAUGACGAACUACAUUGCCACUGUGGGACAGAAACAGGACAAAUGUCCUGAGCUGCCAGAUGGGAAGAACACAUGCAAUUCUGAUGCAGACUGUGAUGAAGGCAAAUACAAACGUAUGGGAAAUGGGCACAUGACGGGCAGAUGUAUAAAAAAUACAAGUACUUGUGAGAUCUACUCCUGGUGUCCAGUCGAAGACGACCGUAAAAUACCAGACCCUCCAGUCCUGCUGACAGCAGAAAACUACACACUGUUCAUCAAAAACUCUAUUACCUUUCCCCAGUUUAAUGUAGUAAGAAGUAACUUGGUGGAGAGUGUGAAUCAGAGUUACAUCAAUAAGUGUUUGUAUCAUCCCCAGACUGAUCCACUGUGUCCUAUCUUCAGACUGGGAGACAUUGUUGAGCGUUCUGGGUUCAGUUUCUCAGAGAUAGCUCGCGUGGGUGGUGCUAUAGGAGUCCUCAUCGACUGGGACUGCAAUCUGGACCUGAGUGUAAGACAAUGCAAACCAAACUAUGAAUUCUAUGGUCUUUAUGGAACGGGGAAAAAUGGGGACAAAGAAGACAAACCAUCAUUGGGAUACAAUUUUAGAUACGCUAAAUAUUAUGUGGAGAAUGGGGAGGAAAGGAGAACGCUAAUGAAGGUGUUUGGUGUACGCAUAGACAUCAUUGUCCAUGGACAGGCAGGAAAAUUUGAUAUCAUCCCUACGCUGACGGCCAUAGGCUCAGGAGUGGGAAUCUUUGGAGUGGCAACCGUUGUGUGCGAUAUGCUGCUCCUAUAUUUAGUUCCAAAGAGAAAUUUCUACAAAAACAUGAAAUUCAAGAAUACAGAAAUCUUGGAAGAGAAGCCAGCCUUGCCCCAGUCAAAGACAGAAAGAGAUCUAUCGAAGGAGUGAAGUCAGGAUGGCUGUCAUGAUGACUGACUACUGCACUGGAGAGAGAGAGAGAGAGAGAGAGAGAGAGAGAGAGGAGAAAAAACACUGGAGCUUCAACAAGAUGACUGGGAGACUUGACACAGAACUGUCAGGCAUCACUUUUCCUUUCUAAAUAACAUAUCCUUCCCAAACUACAAAGGAAAGAAAUUAAUUCACUGUUACGAUUUAAGACAUAACUAAUAUCCACUGAAUGUGAUUAUAUUGAGAGGCUCAGGACUGUAAAGGUACACAAUUGUGUGAGGGUUUUGAGGUGUUUACAAGGUUCCCAAAGUUCUUGGCAUUUGCCAUGUCUGGAUAUGUCACCCAUAUUUAACUUUGGAUAAUGUAUCACCUUAAAUUUAAAUUUUUUAUUUACUAAUAUGCAUUUUGUAAAGGUAUAUUUGUUGUUGUUUUUGUAGCAAGUAAACUGUGAGCCUACAAUUUUUGUGUGAAAUAAAUUUUUGACGGUUAGUCCACCAUAUGAGGUUGAAGCUAACCAGCUCUGAAAGGCAGAAUGGUGAGUGAUUUAGGCCUCUUGUUUUAACUCAUUCACAAAAC